CAAGCAAUCGUUUGAAUUACAGAGUUCAGCAGCUGCCUGAGCAAAUUACAGCAGGCAGAGAAGAGAGUGGCAGGAAACGCUCAAAAGAUUUUAGUUCUUUCUGCAAGCCAACGGAUCUGCUUUUGACCAUGUGGCUGUUCUUGGCUGCCUUGCUGGGCCUCUACUUCCUUCAGCGGUGGUACCGGGAAAGACAGACUGUGGAGAACCUGGCGAAGAAGUAUGUCUUCAUCACCGGCUGUGACUCUGGUUUUGGGAACCUGCUUGCCAGGCAGCUGGAUCUGAAAGGUAUGAAGGUCUUAGCAGGAUGUCUCACCCAGAAGGGGGCUGAGGAGCUGGAGAAGGCCACAUCUGAUCGCUUGAAGACCACCCUCCUGGAUGUGACCAGCACUGAGAGUGUUGCUGCGGCCGCCGAGUGGGUGAAAGAAUGCGUGGGGGACAAAGGUCUCUGGGGCGUAGUAAAUAAUGCAGGUGUAGGUACACCAGUGGGUCCCAAUGAGUGGAUGACUAAGGAAGACUUCAUGAAAAUCAUAAGUGUCAACUUGCUUGGGGUAAUUGAUGUGACACUGAAGAUGUUGCCCCUGGUGAAGAGAGCCAGAGGACGAGUGGUCAAUGUGGCCAGCGUGAUGGGAAGACUAGCGUGCUUUGGGGGAGGUUACUGCCCAGCCAAGUUCGGUGUAGAAGGGUUCUCUGACAGUCUGAGGCGGGACAUGCGUUCUUUUGGAGUCCGCGUCAGCAUUGUCGAGCCUGGCGCUUUUGAAACGGCCAUACUGCGCACUGUAGAAGAUGGCUUCAAGGAGGCGUGGAAUCGGGCACCUUCCAACAUCAAAGAACAAUAUGGGCAGCAGUAUUUUGAGGCGUAUCACAGAAAUUUGGUAGAACUCCUUCAAACUGGAAGCAAGAAUCUCUACAUGGUCACUGAUUCCAUAGAACAUGCGUUGACAUCCUGCCUUCCCCGCACACGUUACGCUGCAGGGUGGGAUGCUAAGCUCUUCUACAUUCCUGCCUCCUACUUACCAACUACAGUAGCUGACUAUAUAUUGACCCGCAAACAGCCCGAGCCAGCACAGAAGAUUUAGUUUAUUUUCUAGAACAAGCCAAUAAACUGUGGAAUGGA